AUGUGGCGCCAGCAAAAGACGCCGCGCUCAGAGAACUGGAAAAUUGGUUCUCGUGAAGGGGUUGGAAACUUCAUGACGGCCAUGUUGUUCCACUACAAAUUGAUGUGGCAACAGAAGUGUUUCGAUAUUGAUUUCAUCCGCACGAAUCACGUGUGGGACCGUGUAUGGGAUCUUUGGCUACGUAAGUAUCCUCUUGGGGACUCUAGCGAAGUUGUCGAUGGUGAAGUCUUUCAGUUACGGGAUCAUAUUGAGAAGACGGAACAGGAGGUUCUCAACGACGUGGGAUAUCUGGGGGGGAUUGGGCAAUGCGACGAGACCUAUAACCUUAUCCAAGGGUAUCUGGGUAAAGGGGAGCCCUUGGUUGAGUAA